UUUUAACCGUGCUCAUAUGAAAGAGUGGGAAUACAGCUGUGGUGUCAGCAAUUAUGGCACGAGGCUCCUGAAAUGUUUGUUCAGCAGUUUCACUUCUGAUUUUCGUAAACAGGCGAGACGCGUCACUCAACAAGGAGCGAGUCGUUAUGGCUCGAUAUCUGAUCACUAAGAGGUUGGACUUUCCAACAGAUCGUCAUAUGGCAAGCUAACAUCAUCGCCGGCUAAACUAGAAUAGACUUGGCAGGUAGCAGGCAGCAGCUGGCUCUCUGACCGGGGUAACAUGCUGCAGCUGGGAGAUGAGGUGACCCUAUACUCGGUCAUCUUCGUGGUUGUCCUGCUUGGGACUCGGAGCGCGGUGUGGACCUCCGCGCUCACGGUGUCCGUGUACGUGUUUGUGGCUGUGUUUCGGUUCCCUCAGGUGCCAGCUGACAAAGCCAGGCAAGUUCUGCAUCCGCCCAGGGACGAAUAUGGGACGAACAAAGUGUCAGCCAUCGCUCAUCGGGGUGGAGGGCACGACGCGCCUGAGAACACCAUUGCGGCGAUAAGAGAGGCCAGUAAGAAUGGUGCAACGGGGGUGGAGUUGGACUUGGAGUUUUCAGCUGAUGGUGUCCCGAUCCUGAUGCACGAUGACACCGUUGACCGAACCACCAAUGGGUCAGGAUCACUCACAAAGAGCAGCUUCUCUGAUCUAAGGAAGUUGGAUGCUGCUGCUAAACACAGACUCAGGAACAAGUUUUCUGGAGAGAAGAUCCCGACACUUGAAGAAGCUGUUGAAGAGUGCAUCAAACUUCAGCUCACCAUUUACUUCGAUGUUAAAGGCCACCCCGAUGAGGCUGCUGCUGCUCUAAAGGCAUUAUACAAGAAGAACCCAAUUCUCUACAACACCAGCAUUGUCUGCUCCUUUGAGCCCAAAGUUAUCUAUAGGAUGAGGCAGAGCGAUCCUGACGUAGUCACUGCUCUGACACACCGACCCUGGAGCCUGAGUUGUUACGGAGACGGGGCACCACGGUUCCUGUCUCUAUGGAAACACUACUGGAUGACCCUCAUGGACAUGGUGUUGGACUGGGCCCUCCAUCACGUGCUGUGGAAGUUUUGUGGAGUCUCAGCUUUCCUUAUUCAGAAGAACUAUGUAUCACCGGAGUAUGUGCAGUACUGGGCCCAUAGAGGUGUGGAGGUGGUGGCCUGGACAGUCAACACCAAAGUAGAGAAACAGUAUUACCAAGAGUUUCUUAACGUCAACUACAUCACAGACAGUCUGGUGGAGGACUGUGAACAACACUACUGACUUCUAAACACUACAAUAACUUCCUUAAGUACUCUAUUUUUACAUUUAUUUGAUCAAGUAAAGCUGCAGAUGUUGUUUAUGUACAAUAUUAUCAUGUUUAUUACGGGGUGCCAUUUAAGGUUAUACUCAUUAUUUGUACAAAGAUCUGUAUGAAUAGAAAGUAAGCAUGUGUCAGUGUAAUGUACUGUAAUUUCCAACUCAGGACUGUAAUAUUUGUGCAAUUGUGAAUUAUUUCCCCUAAAGGUCUACUUAGAUUUCCUAGUCUUAAAGAUUCUGAAAUAAAUAGAGCAAUAUUCCUUUUUAUAAAUUAACACUUAAUAUUGUAACUUAAGCAAAUAUACUUUUAAUUGUUUUAUCGUAGCUAUUGCAUUAUAUAAUGUGUAAUUUUGGUCAGUAAAAUCUCAUAUUCUUGAAUUAGAAAUAA